AUUGCUUCUGUAUAAAUACUGGAAUUUCUGUCUUUAACGGCAUAAGCAUCUCAACUAUUGCACCUUCAUCUUCAACAAACUAAAACUAACAAUGUUCAAACUUUUCAUCUUCGCCUGCUUCCUCGCCCUGGCUGUGGCUAAGCCUGGAGUCCUGCCUGUGGCUUACACCGCGCCGGUAGCCGCAGCGUACACCGCACCUGUAGCCGCGGCCUACACCGCGCCCCUCGCCUACUCCGCCUACUCUGCCUACACCGCGCCUGUUGCUGCAUACUCUGCUUUCCCAUAUGCAGCUCCUUAUUCUGCCUACUUCUUACGCCGUUAAGUUUUUUAAAACGAAAUAAUCUCACUUGUACACAAUAUUAUAUAUAAAAAUCAUGAAGAUCUAGUUUUGUCAACGAAUAGAAACUUUUUGUAAAUAUACAAAUUUCCGAAAUGUAAAAUAAACCAAUUCAAAUAUAAA